GAAAUCACUGUGACCAGCCUGGCUCCUUCCCGCAGAUACAAGUUCAACCUCUAUGGUGUCUCUGGGCACAAACGAUCCAGUCCCCUCUCCACUGAUGGCACAACAGACCCAGAGGAGAUAACUUCCCCCCAGCUGAGCCUGGGGGAGUUCUCAGUCCUUGACGUCACAAGCGAUUCUGUCCAUCUCUAUUGGACUGUCCCCACCGGGAGCUUUGACUCCUUCCUGAUCCAGUACAAGGAUGCAGAUGGCCAACCCCAAGCAUUGCCUGUGGAGGGAAGCUCCCGUGAAGUCACUGUGACCAACCUGGUUCCUUCACACAGAUACAAGUUCAACCUGUACGGAGUCUCUGGGCACAAACGCUCCCAUCCCCUUUCUACAGAUGCCACCACAG